UUGAUCCGUCCACGAGGCCGGUGCCUAAAGGGGAAGAAAGUUAGUUCCACUUCAGUUUACGGUUAUCGCAGCUGUAUCACAGUAUAAAUAGAACUACAAAUAUAGAAGAUAUGAAUAGAUCACUUUCAUCUCAUCAUUUCCAGCGCUUGCAGCUGAAUAUUGGUCCCGAUAGUGAACACGAUGUUUUGAGCGAUCUUUGUUUUUCGAGCUGAACAGUUUUCAGAAUGUUAAACUUCAGAGGAACCCUGAAGAGUCUUCACUCGCUUCAGGAAGUGAAGACAAACUUCUGUUGAAGAACUCGGUAAGAUGAACCGGAAUCAAGAUGAUGAGUUUGUUGCAGUGCGGGUCCAAGAUCCCCGCAUUCAAAAUGAAGGCUCGUGGAAUUCAUUUGUGGACUAUAAAAUAUUCCUGCAUACCAACAGCAAAGCCUUCACAGCCAAGACGUCCUGUGUGCGUCGGCGCUACAGCGAGUUUGUGUGGCUCCAGAAGAAGAUGCAGAAGAACGCUGGUCUGGUGCCCGUCCCAGAUCUUCCAGGAAAAUCCUUCUUCUCCUUCUGCAACGAGGACUUUCUGGAGCGGAGGAGGAACGGACUUCAGGCCUUUCUGGACAAAGUGGUGAACAUGACCGUGUGCCUGUCGGACAGCCAGCUCCACCUCUUCCUGCAGACCCAGCUGCCGGUGGGUCACAUCCUGGACUGCGUUCAGGGCCACACCCCCUACUCGGUGACCGACGCCAUCCUCACCUACGCCUCGUCCAACUGGGGCUUCGCUCAGGCUCAGGAGGACGAUCCCAGCAAGGAGGCCAGCUUGACCGUUUCUUAUGAGUCCAUGGAGAGUCCAGCUCCUCAUCAGCCGUGUCUCCAAGCUGCAGAGACGUCCAGGCCCGAGCCGCUCUCCAGUGGAGACUCUGACCCUCUGGCAGGUUUACUAGAGCUCCGUGAGAAGGACCAGACAGAGUUACAGCCCGAGGAGGAAUCCCCAAUAACCAUCUGCCAGAGGAGCGACCAUCUAGAGGUCGACUGUGAAGCCACAGAGGCCUCCUUCUACGUGGGGGACGUCCAGGAGGAGAGCCUCAGCCUCGCAGAGCAGACCCAGCAGAUGAGCUGCCAGAUACAGACACCAGUGGAGGUGCACUCGCCCGUGGGGACUGGUUUCCAGAGUGAGGUGGUUUGUGAGCUUGAGGAGGAGGAGGAGGGUGCAGAGGAAGAGGAAGAGGAACGAGGUGUGACUUUAGAAACAGAAGAAAAGACUCUUUGCCUUUCAGAAGUGGACGAGCAGCUGCUCUGUCCCGAGGAGGCUCAUAUAGAAAUCGCCUGUGAGCCAGAACAAUGUAUAGAUCCUGAAGUAAUAUUAGAUUUUAAAGACAAUGACUGUGAGAAUACGAUCAUAGGAAGUAAGGACAGAUCUCAGGAGGAGGUUCUGGAAGUCGUCUGCUCUGAGACGCAGGUUCUAGAAAACCACGUCAGCUCUGAGGUGAACCCGGCCGACAACACGGAGGUUCAAGUCCCUCACGUCCUCUGUGAGGAGGAGUCAAAGAAACCAGACAGUGAAGAAGGUUCUGAAUCUGAGAGCGAAGAGGAGACGACACCUCCGUCAGAAAUCCACCUAGACACUGAGGAUGUGCAGAGCGUCCCAGAGGAGGACAGUCCCAGUGCCGCUCUACAACUGGACCAGGUUGAGCAGGAAGUGGAUUUAGUGGGGACCAAGGACGAGAGCGACGAGGACACGUGCUCGCUGCCGUCCUCCAACGAGAGCAUCGUGAAGGUCAGCGACGAGGAGAGCGUCUGUGACGACAGCGAGGAGUCGCUCCAGAACGUGAACGGCUUCGAGAAGAUGUCCGACCCUCACGCCUCCAGCCCGAGCAUCCUGGACCUGCAGAUGAACGGCUUCCCUGUGGAGAAAGACGAGCUGCUCUACUCGACGCCUCUGGACCUGAACUCCACCGCAGCCGCUGGAGACCUGAGUGGAAGUGGAGACUUCAGCGUCCUGGAGAGCAGCUGCGUUCCCGGAGCAGCCGACGCUCUGUGUGAGGAGGAGGAAACUCUGGAGGACUCAAGAGGUUCAGGUGUAACAGCUGCUGGGACGCCCGCUGUCCCUGAGACGGCCGAGGGACACGUCCUCUAACAGAGACUCAGUCACACACAGAUUAACAGGGUUCAUGGGCGGAGCUGGUCAGAUUGUUGUGUUCACCUCCUGAUCCCUUAGAGCCCAACGAGGAUGCAGGAUAUUUAAGAAACCACUCAGACUCAGACUUUAGGCUCAAGUUGAUUUUAAAAUAGUUUAUUUAAUUUUAAACUUCUCUUCUUUUAAACUCAGGAACACUAAACACGUUUUCUCUUCCCCCCCCCCCCCCCC